UGGCUGGCAGCAACGCCUGUUGUGCGGCGGUUGUCGCCGAAGGUGGUGUCCGGCGCCGGCUGGUGUCAAUUCUUACUUCAGUCGUGUCACGCGCCCUUUUCUUUCGGUUGGUGUGUUUCUUCCCUUUUCUCGCUCGCCUUGCUGCGGCUCCUAGUCUGGUGUGGGCAGGACCAUGGCGGAUCAGAGCAACAGAGGCCCAUUAAUAAAUGAAAUCAGACAGCGUUUUGAGACAGAAUAUAUGUCAGCACAAAGAGAUAAAUAUGAUUCCAGGGAUAUAGAAAGAUUACAUCAAGAUGAUACCUGGGUUGAUAAUUUCUUAAUAUGGCGAGAUGAUAUUGUGGAUGAUACAUUGAAGAUGAUUGAUGAAAGCUUUCAGUGGAGAAAAGAGUACACAGUUCAUGAUUUGACUGAAUCUUCUUUUCCAAAAUUGAUGUUUGAUGUUGGUGCUAUUUACCUACAUGGUUAUGAUAAGGAGGGCUAUAAAAUAUUUUGGAUCAGAGUGAAAUUACAUACAAAAGAUUCUAAAACACAAUUUGAAAAAAAGAAACUAGUAGCCUUUUGGUUAGAGCGCUAUGCAAAGAGAGAAAAUGGAAAGCCGUUGACAGUGGUGUUCGACAUGGCUGAUGCUGGACUGAGUAAUAUCGACUUCGACUUUGUCCGGUAUACCAUUAGCUGUUUUAAAGUAUAUUAUCCUAAUUUCCUCACAAAAAUUGUGAUUUUUGAACUGCCUUGGGUAAUGAAUGCUGCUUUUAAACUUGUGAAAAAUUGGCUGGGUCCAGAAGCAGCCUCCUUGCUGAAAUUGACCAAUAAGAAUGAAAUCCAGGAGUAUAUAAGUGCUGAAUACCUACCAGCCCAUAUGGGUGGGACUGAUGCUUUCAAGUACAGUUACCCUCCAUUAGUUGAUGAUGAUUUCCAAACUCCGUUGUGUGAAAAUGGUCCCAUUACUAGUGAAGAUGAAGCUGAAUGCAAAGAAGUAGACACCAAUAACAAAGACAAUAUAGAUACUACUGAAGAACAAGCACUCAGUUCAAAAAAGGCAAAUUUUGCAGAACAAACUCCAAAAUCAGAAGAGUGUGACAAAUUAGAUUCUAAAGCAAAAAAUGCCAAGAAAGCACUUACCAUUUUUAAAGGAUCUUUAUUGCAUAUCAGUCCAGCAGAAGAAUUGCAUUUUGGGUCCAAAGAAACUGCAGAAAAGAAAUGUUUGAUAGUUCUAACAAAUGUGACUAAAAAUACAGUGGCAUUUAAGGUGAGAACAACUGCUCCUGACAAGUACAGAGUAAAGCCAAGUAACAGCAGUUGUGAACCUGGCACUUCAAUAGAUAUCAUUGUAUCUCUUCAUGGGGGUUGUGCAGCUUCUUUGCAAGACCGUUUUCUAAUUAUGGCAGCAGAAAUGGAACAGUGCUCUGUAGUAGGAGCACAGGAACUAUCUCAAUUUUGGAAGGAAAUUCCCAGAAAUAAAGUGAUGGAGCAUAGGUUAAGAUGCCAUGUUGUAGAAAAUAGCAAGCCUUCUUCUUUAACUAUAAAUGAAAAUGCUUUUAAUAGUCCUUCAAAAACCAAUGAAGAUUUACACUUUCAGUUAAGGCAACUACUACAAGCUAAUAAAAGACUUCAAGAACAGAUUGACCGUUGUGUCUGGUUCCAACAACUUACACUUUUCCUAGUCUUUCUGUUAGUCACUAUUGUUUUCUACUUCCUGUUGUGUGCUCCAAAAAGCUUCAUAUAAUGUCACAUCUAUGCAAGUGUGCUAGAAAAAGGCAAAGAACCAGUAUUAUCCUAUGGCCCAUAUUAACUGCCAAAAGUGAGAUCUAUAUAGGUUUUCUUAAAAAAUAAAAAAGGAACAACAUGA